AUGGGAGGUGACCCAUCUAGGAGGAAUCAAAACUUGUACUGUAUUUACCACCAGGAUAAGGGUCAUACUACUGAGCAGUGCCGAGAAUUGAAGGAUCAUCUCGGGCAGUUGGUGAAGGCCGGAUAUUUAAAGAAGUUUGUGGUGGACUUAGGGGACCGAGGUAUGGGGCAGGGCACUCCGCAAAAGAGGAACCCUCUUCCACCCCCUCUAGGGGUAAUUGAGGUCAUCCAUGUUGCCCCAGGGAGUCUCACUGCAACAAGAAGGAAAGGAGUGUUGAUUGUACUACCAAUGGAAGGCUACUCGGGCAUACAGUCGUCUGAGAAGAGGAUGAAGCUUGCCCGGGAGCCUAUCGCUUUUGAUGACGACGAUUUGGAAGGAACAAUUCAACCACAUGAUGACACGUUAGUACUCACGACCCGGAUAAGUGGCUUCUUGGUGAAGAGGGUAAUGAUAGACCAAGGAAACGAGGCCGACGUGAUGUAUCCGGACCUAUUCAGGAGGCUCGGAUUGAAGAAUGAGGACCUUUCGAAGUAUAGUACACCAUUGGUCGGGUUUGAUGGUAAAGUGUAUGUGGAUGUGUUUGCAUGGAGUCCAUAUGAGGUGCCCGGGGUGGAUCCUGAAUUCAUUGUCCAUAGGCUCAACGCAGACCCAUCAUUCCCUCCUAAGAAGCAGAAGCCGAGGAGAUCAGCCAAGGAGCAUGUUGAGGAAGUGAAGUCAGAAGUUCAAAGGCUGAAGGAGGCUAGGGCGAUAAGGGAAAUCUUCUUCCUAGAGUAG